AUGAACACCAAUCCCAUCAGCAUGUCCCUCCGCAAAGCGAUGUAUCUGGGUCAACUAAACCCCGCCGCGUCCUCGCUCGCCGGCGCCGUUCGUCCACUUCACCAGAUCACUCCCCGGAUGGCAUCCAAGCAGCUCACACGCCUGAGCUCCACGACAGCUCGCCCAGCCGCAACACUGACCCUAGACUCCCGGCCACAAUCCAAGGCCGCGUCGCCAUCACCCAUCGCUCUGCGCGCAAAAUCGACCUCAGCACCUACCAACAACGAAGUCAAGCUCGACUGGGACUCCUUCUUCAAGCUCCGCGCUUCCCGCCGCCGAUACUCCCUCGUCUCUUCAGUUGCCAGCUCUGCCAUUAGCACUAGCAUCGGUGUGCAGGUCUUGUCUGGACAGGACCUUGAACAUCUCGGCGCGACGGUCAUGGGUCUCGAUCCCUUUGUUGUCUUGGGAUUGGCGACCGCCACAUGCGGUGCUGUCGGAUGGCUUCUUGGACCGGCUCUCGGAAAUGGUAUCUGGGGACUUGUGUAUAGCAAGUACAAGCCUUCCGUCAAUACGAAAGAGAAGGAGUUCUUUGAUCGCAUUCGCCGGUUCCGUGUCGAUCCUUCCACCAACUCCAUCUCUAACCCUGUUCCCGAUUACUACGGUGAGAAGAUUGGUAGCGUUGCGGGCUACCGAAACUGGCUGAAAGACCAGAGGGCUUACAACCGCAAGCGCCGCAACUUCAUCGCGUAA